AUGGAGAUGAUACGAACUAGUUCUGAUUCAAAUUAUCAUGGAUCGUAUUUAUUACUUGGCAACAAUGAUGAUUCAACUUUACCAACGAAUUCCAUAAAUCAUAACGAUUUUAUUUUUAAUCAUAAUUACUCAACAAUUACCAAUAAUUAUUCGUUAAGUGCAUCGUCACCGGCGAGUUCGGAUAGUGGAUUAUUUUCACCAAUUCGAUCGAAUUAUAUCAAAAAUGAAACACCGAUUAAAAAUUCCGAAAAUAUUUAUUACCAACUUUACGAACCGGCGAAAAAUGGACGUAAAACGAAUUAUUUCAUGGAAUCGCCGAUUAUUUAUUCAAGUACCCAUCAAGAAGUAGUGCCAUCAGUGAAACCGGAAAAACGUAAAUCGAAUCGAGGUCGUAAAAAAAAUAGUGAAUUACGUGGCGAUAAACCACCAUCACCUACAGUGUUAAAAAAACGUCGUUUAGCAGCGAAUGCUCGUGAAAGACGUCGAAUGAACGGUUUAAAUGAAGCAUUCGAUCGGUUACGUGAAGUGAUACCGUGUUUAGGUAGUGAUCAUAAGUUAAGUAAAUUUGAGACGUUACAAAUGGCACAGACUUAUAUUGCGGCAUUGUGCGAUUUAUUGGAACGGGAGAAAAUGAAUCGAUAA